CUUUCAAAUGUAUCAAUAGAAACACUUGGUAACUUGGAAUUUGGAUCCCUUGGAGGAGUAACCACACUGAAGAAAACACGGCGAGGCUCACAGGAUGUUUCAAGGCGCAUAGAAAGGUCACUCGUCACCCCUCAGUAUGGUCCUGACUGAGAAUGGAACUUCAGGCUCCGGUUAUGUCCCUCACUACCUCCUCCAGGGCGACCCUUUCGCCUCCAAACUGUCAAAAGACGCGGACAUUGUAGCUGCCGUUUACAUCUGCAUUAUAGGGGUCUUGUCCGCCACCGGGAAUGGGUUUGUCCUUUACACGUCCUUCAAACGGAAGACCAAGCUAAAGCCCCCUGAACUCAUGACAGUGAAUUUGGCCCUCUUUGACUUUGGCAUCACAGUCACGGGGAAGCCCUUCUUCGUGAUCUCCAGCUUCUCCCACAGAUGGCUCUUUGGCUGGGAGGGCUGUCGCUUUUACGGCUGGGCAGGCUUCUUCUUCGGGUGUGGCAGCCUGAUCACCAUGACCCUCGUGAGCCUGGACCGCUACCUGAAGAUCUGCCACCUGAGAUACGGGACUUGGCUGAAGAGGCAUCACACGUUCCUGGCCAUGGUGUUCGUCUGGCUGUAUGCAGCCUUUUGGGCCACCAUGCCCCUGGUGGGCUGGGGUAACUACGCCCCAGAGCCGUUCGGCACCUCCUGCACUUUGGACUGGUGGCUGGCGCAGGCGUCCGUGUCAGGGCAGUCCUUCGUCCUGAGCAUCCUCUUCUUCUGCCUCGUCUUCCCCACCAUCAUCAUCGUCUUCUCCUACGUCAAGAUCAUCUGCAAGGUCAAGUCCUCUGCCAAGGAGGUCUCCCACUACGAUACCAGGAAAUGCAGCCAUAGUCUGGAGAUGAAAUUAACCAAGGUGACAAUGUUGAUAUGUGCUGGGUUUUUAAUAGCCUGGAUCCCGUACGCGGUGGUGUCGGUGUGGUCUGCGUUUGGGGAGCACGACUCGGUCCCGAUUCCGGUGUCUGUAAUACCCACCCUGUUGGCCAAGUCCUCCGCCAUGUACAACCCCAUCAUAUACCAGGUCACCGACUGCAAAAACUCGUGUAUGAAAACCUCCUGUUUCAAAGCUUUGGAGAAACGGAAGCACUACAACAGUUCAAGAUUUUACUCCAUUUCGGGUGAAAUAAAAGACGCACCGGAAAAAGGGGCGGCCAUUGAAAUGAGGCCAUCCUGACUGUUUCUGAACAACGGACUGGACCACUAUUUGUCCAAUCACAAUUCAGGAUUAAGCCACCAAUCCUAUUUCCUUUUACUGUAAGGUGUUCAGUUCAGAAAAUGGCUUUAUAUAUUCCCUUGUGCACAUAAUAUGACGGUAUUUCUUCUUAAUGGAUUUGCACCUGUAACUAAUUCCAAUGGUAAAAAAAAAAAGAGCAUCUUAUUUUGUCUAUAUGGUGUUAUCUAACUUUCACGAUUUGUAUAUUUUUUUAUGUACUUAAACUCUAUCUAUUUCUGCAAACAGAUUUAUAGCACAGAGCAUAACUUAACGUAUGUGUAAUGUGCAUUUUCAGAGAAGCUGUGGUCCACACUGCACUCCUGGCACAUACUAAUUGACCCAUAAUGUGGCUAACACAGGUUAUUGAAGAGACAUUGACAUGUAUAGCAGCAAGGGUCCAAGUAAUCUGCAAAGAAGUUUAAUCCUUCACCUGACUUUUGCACCUGGACAUUUCCUGAAAGUCAUGAGACAGUUUUUAAGAUUAUAGGUUGGCUCUGAGUGUGCUUGUAAAAUUUUAAUGAGAACAAAUGACCAAGGGAAUUUUAAUAUCUAGGACUACUUUAGAAUUUUAAAUCAAGAGUUGCUAAAAUUGAUCGGUCCUCUUUUCCAGACAAGUCUCCACGGCACCCUGAAAAGAAAAAAAAGACAUUAAACAUUUUUACCCCCUAACAACUUUAAAAAAGAGAGAAUUAUUUUUUUAUUGUGGAAUUAUAGUAUUAGCUAUCACACAUUGGGAAGUAAUGGGGGAAUAAAACAGAAAACAGACAAGUAUACAACUCCAUACAGUCUGCCACAUUUGUAAAAUUUGGUUCAAUAAUGUGACAAAACUUCUGAUCUUCAUCCGUUUUUAAGUUUUCAUGGGAAAUGGGGGGGAUUUGAGCAGUCCAGCCGAGUACAUUGAUUAGCAAUAUUAGCUCAUUAAAGUAUCAGGCUUCAUAUAUUCCCAAUGCUUGGAUGUGGGGGUGUUUUGGCAGAUAGUUAGCAGCUUAGCAGUUUAUUGGGAAAUGGGUUGAGCCCUCUAAACAGUAGCUAGCGUCCUUCUUAAAGACCACGAAUGCAAAUGUGCAACAGUGAAAUUGAGAAAGAUCUCAGCAUUAAAGAAUAUCUUCCCUUGUGUUUACAGCUAGCUAGGGUUAGCCUAUAUAUCAAUGUGGGAGGAUUGGAUUGAGGCCUUUGGGGUCACACUGAAGCAAGCCAUAUGUUUUGGAUAUUUCUGACUGGACAGCAUAUGUACAUGCUGGAGCGUGAUGUCAUUGUUUUGAUAUUUCUGUUACGUUCAUCUGCUGUGAACGUCAGCUUGUGGGCAUAUAAUUGUGUCACAGUCACUUGCCUAGCCCAAAAAAUACACUACCAAAGACUUUUCUGCUGAUCUUGAAUCUGCAAAUGUCAAUGUCAAUAAACUACAGUGUAUGUGUUGUCAGAUUACAUAAGGCAAUUCUGGGUCAAAUAAAAAUCAUUACUACUUCAAGGUUUCAGCAGGAAGAAGAGAUGGCUCUUGGGACAAAAGGCUUUCUUUGGCACGUAAUUUAUCGAGUGAUUCCAAGCCAAUAGCAGAUGUCGAAUUUCAGUCAGAUUUUAGACUGAAUCUAAGAUGCAGUGAUGAUAAACGGUAUGAUUUCAAUAACAUGCAUUUAUACAGCCGUUUCCAUAGGAAUGCAUAUGUAACUGAUUUUAAUAGAUGUGAAUACCAACAUAUGUUUAAAUUUGAUACAAAUUGGCAUACAUAAUUAAAUGGAUAUAUUACACCUCAACUGAUCAGGCAAUGAAUCUUGUUUUGAUGAGUAUUGCAUUGGAGAUUAUAAUAAGAGAUGCCCUAAACCAUUAGUGCUCAGUGCCACAGUAGCUCUACAGCUCAUUUUUACCUGUUAUUAAACAUAAAUGAUGUGGACAUUAGGUUAAUGAGAGAGGCCUCUUUUUGUAUCCUGUCAAGAAGCUACUUUUCUGCCGCCGUUAUUGGUGUGUGUGUCUGUGUGUUUGAUUGUAUCUGUGUGUGUGCAUGUGUCUUUGUCCAUGUGCGUGUCCUGUAUCCUCCAUGCAUAGGACAGAUGUGGCUCUAUGUGCAUUUUAUUUUACUGUUAAUUUAAGAAAAUCAAUUAUUUCUCCCCUGCUUGGGCUAAGGUUUCUGCCUCAAUGGUAAAUCAUUGGAGAACAUUUUGCUGGUACUAUUUUGACUGUAUUGUGUCUCUUAAAAGCCUAUUCGCGUUCCACCAUGCGUUACCUUUUUGUCAAGAUGCACUUUUUGAAAGACAUACAUUUCUGCAAACUAAGCUAAGAGAUGUCAGAUAUUGCAGUUUGAAUGUAGCAACCUUGUUGGAUUCUGUACAUAAUAUCACUUUUUGUAGAGUUGACUUUGUACUCUAAGAAUUUGGCAUUUCAUAAUUUGUCUUCUUUGUGAUAGUCUUCACUUUCUGUUUGAAGAAUUUCUUGAGGUAUAUGAAAUGUACUAACAAUGAUUAUUUGCCAUGUAGUGUACACAUCAUUGCAUUUGACAGUAUUAUAAAAUGGCGUCUGUAUCAAAAUCACUGAAAUUGUUAUCAGUCAUAUGUAAAUUCUGUUCUCACAUGUACUGUACAUGCCACAGCAGGUAAC